GUUGGAGCAGGACAUCAUGUCGAUGGGCAAUCCCUUCCCCGGGCUCGGUGGUGCGGAGUUUUCCUCGCAGUAUGUCGCUAACCAGCUGCUCGAAGGCAUCGGCUACAUGCAAGCGCAUCGCGUCCUGCACCGCGACCUCAAACUGGAGAACAUCCUCCUCAGUGGCUCGAGCUACUCCGACUUGCACAAGUGCGAUAUACACAAUGUGAAGAUAGCAGAUUUUGGGUUGUCGAAGUUCGACUGCAACAUCCGGGGCUCUUCCAGACACCUCCUGGAGCGAACCAUGACCGCCGUCGGCACGCCGGAUUAUGUGGCUCCGGAGGUGCUGGAUGGCAAGUACGACGAGCGCGUCGACUUCUGGAGCUUUGGGGUAAUUCUCUAUGCCAUGCUGUGCGGUCGCAUGCCUUUUACCGUCAGCAGUUUGAGCCCUGACCUCCACAAGGAAGAGGUGUCCCAGGUCCGGGACUGCGAAUCGUGGAGCCUCGUAUCCGACGACGGCCAGGACUUCGUCAAAGGGCUGCUCACCGUGGAUCCAGACCAAAGGUAUGGCCUACUGCAGUGCAGUGAGCACGUCUGGCUCCGUGAGGUCGCGGCUAACACCUGCGCGAUGCCGCUGAGCACAGCUCCAGCGCUCAAGACUGGCACUGUGCAGGGAAACAACGUAGGCGUGGUGGACACCAUCAUCGGAAGGGCUGCAGGAGGCGUGCACAGCCUUGAAAUGCAGCUUCGUGAUGGCACAGUCCAUGCGCACGGGACGGAGGGUGGCGCGGUACCCACUACAUUCUCGUUGGAAGCAGACGAGCUGAUCGUCGGGGUCAUGCAGGACUUCUCCCUCACUGAACUGCUGGGGAGCGCUUUGGUCUUCUACACCAGCAAGGGCCGCAUCAUGGCCGUGCAGGGGACGGAGGCCCGAACGCGCCGUCGCUUCGUCGCCCCGGGGGGUCGGCAAAUCUCAGGUUUGCAGUUCGAUGGACAUCAGCUCGUGGGGAUCCAUCUCGAGAAAGUCACCACCGAGAGCCUGGGAGCUAUAGAGCAGAUCUCUGGCCGUGUGGGCACGGCGGUGGACAUCUGUGAGUUCAAGCUGCGGGAUGGCACAGUCUGUACAUAUGGUGAUUCCGGCGGAGACAUCGUCCGAGGGCCGUGGAAACUGCAGCGAGAGGAGUGGAUUUUCGUGGUGGAGCAAUUCUUCCGCGACCGGAAGCUGGGUGCCUCACUGGCGUUCUAUACUACGGCGGGCAGGGUCUACAAGCUCUCAGGCAUGACCGCGGUGAGAUCACCUCGCUUUGCUGCCCCUUUCGGCGAGCAGGUUUGCGACCUGUGCUUCGAGAAUGGUAGCACCUUGGCCGAGCUACCGUCUCUUCGGCUGCUGGACAUUUCGAAGUGCCUCCUGGAGAGCGAGAAACCGCUGGAGGCAGUCCGGCACUCCAUGUUUUCCCUUGGCAGCGAAUAA